AUGUCUUGUGUCAAAGUGUCUGCCACCAAAACCGCCAAUGCCGCCGUGAUUUUCAUCCACGGUCUUGGCGACUCGGGCCAUGGCUGGUCUUGGUUCCCCCAAAUUGUUCGCCAAACUGGCUUGGUCAAGAACUGCGACGAAAUCAACUACGUCUUUCCCAACGCUCCAACUAUCAGUGUCACAGCCAACGGAGGAAUGAGAAUGCCCGGGUGGUUCGACAUUUAUGAGUUCGGAAACCCAGAGGCCAAACAAGAUGUCGCUGGAUUCUUUAAGACUUGUGAGCACAUCACAUCAUUCAUUAAGACACAAGUGGACGAGUACAAAAUAGACCCUGAGAGAAUCAUUCUAGGUGGAUUUUCACAGGGCUCGGCCAUCAGUAUGGCGGUUUUGUCGUUGUUGGAGUUCAAAAUCGGCGGUCUCGUUGCGCUUUCAGGUUUCUGUCCCGUCUCUCAGAAUAUCCUUGAAAAGUAUGAGACUUUGUCAAACAAGGGCGCCAACUUCGACACUCCAGUUUUCCAGGGUCAUGGAACAGACGAUCCAAUCAUUGCUCUCAAAUAUGGUGAGCAUGCCAGUGACUUCUACAAGAACCUUGGCUUUAAGAAAUGGGACUUCCGUUCCUAUGCUGGAGUUCCUCACAGUACCAACGAUGAAGAGUUAGUCGAUGCGAUCAAGUUCAUGGCAAACAUCUUGAACAAGUAA